AUGAGGGUUGCAAUAAUAGGGGCUGGAGCUAGUGGUCUUACCAGCAUAAAAUGCUGCAAAGACGAGGGUUUAGAGCCGGUUUGUUUCGAGCAGGAGGACGCCAUUGGAGGACUUUGGUAUUUUACCGAAGAGGAGAGACAUAGUUCCGUGUACAGGUCGACUGUAAUCAACACCAGCAAAGAAAUGAUGUGCUUUUCGGAUUUCCCGAUCCCUAAAGAAUAUCCUCCGUUCAUGCACCACCAAUUGAUCAUGAAAUACCUCCAUCUGUACGCGAAAGAAUUCGAUUUGUACAAAUGCAUUCGGUUCCGCACCAAGGUGGUUGACCUUAAGAAAGCACCAGAUUUCGAAGAGAGCGGGAAAUGGGAAAUCCUAUUUCAAGAACUUGACGGCAAGAAUCCCGACGCGGUGAAUAAAGAAGUAUACGAUGCUGUGAUGCUUUGUGUAGGUCAUCACUCAGAGCCCUCGUGGCCUUCCUUUCCCGGUAUGGACGAAUUUUCAGGGCUCAAGAUCCACAGCCAUUCAUACAAGGACUUUAAACCAUUUGAAAACAAGAAAGUCCUAGUGGUUGGUAGGUAUUUUGCUCUUGAUAUUUUCUUUCCUUUAAUUCAAAGCUAAAUUCUUCAAGAAAAAUAUUUUUGCCAUCCACCUUUCCCCUUUCCCCUUUCCCCUUUCCCCUUUCCCCCUUCCCCUUCCCCACUUCCCUUUCCCUUCCCCCUCCCCCCACUUCCCCUCCCCACUUCCCCCCCCACUUCCCCUUUCCCUUCCCCUCCCCCCACUUCCCCUUCCCCCUCCCCCCACUUCCAACCUUAAAAGCAUUAUUCACUACUCACCCCCUCAAUAAAAAAAAAACAAACAAACAGACAAAACAAAAAGCAGGAAACAAAAAGCAAAGAAACAAAACAAAACCAAAUCCAAAAUGACUAGAAUAAAUUAAAAAUGAAAAUUGAAUCCUUGAAUUAUUUGUCAAAGAUAUUUAAUUGUUAUGGAGCCAAUUGCUUAUAAAAGGUGUUUUAAAUGAUCUUGAAACUAGUAAAAAUCAGAAGGGAAAUUGGGUACAUUGCUUAAACCCUCACAAUUCCUCUACCUUUUCCUUUUGCAUACUCUUUGUCUGGCAGAUGAUAAACAGAUAAGAAAGGCAAUGAUCCCCAUCAGUCUUAACUUAUUAUUGCAUAAAAUGGAUAGCCAAUAACCCCUGCAAAGUGAUCUGCAUCUCUACCACUGUUUUAAGUUCACUUGCUCCAGGAUGGCUUCCAUCCCCCCUUUAACAACCUCUGUGGUUAGAUGGGCUGUGAUCAGGUCUAUAUGUCAUGCUUAAAACUCAGUUUGCUUGUUGGUGGUCUUUCAAGGGUUUUCAUGGUUACUGGUACCUUGUGCAUACACUUAAGCUUCCAGGCAUCUUUAUCCACACAAAAGUCAUACUUAAUAUUGCUAAGGAGAUUAAAGCAGCAUUUUGUUUUGCAAUGACCUAUGUAUUUUUAGGUAUAGGGAACUCUGGUGGUGAUAUUGCUGUGGAACUCAGUCGUCACACUCCACAAGUCUUUCUUUCUCAGUACUCGCAGAGGGGCUUGGGUCCUGUCCCGCAUGGGAAAGGGAGGUGAGCCUAUGGACCAGCAGUUCAUCAGGCGUGUCGGGUCUCUUGUACCCAUCUCACUUCGAAGAAGUCUUUUUAAAAAAAUAGUGAAUGAGAGAUUUGAUCACAAAGUAUUUGCACUGCAGCCUCAACAUCCAAUCACUGGUCAACACCCAAUGGUCAAUGAUGCUCUGCCACACCGCAUAAUAGUUGGAAGUGUUGUCAUCAAACCUAAUGUCAGGAGCUUUACCAAAUCUGGAGUUAUCUUUGAUGAUGAUACUCAAGUAAAUGACUUAGAUGCUGUGAUCUUCUGCACUGGGUACAAGAUAGGAUUCAGGUUCAUAGAUCAAUCAAUUCUUCCUGUGAAUGACAACAAAGUUGAGCUAUACAAAUAUGUGUUCCCCCCGAACCUUGCCAAACCAACACUUGCUGUUAUUGGCUGUGUACAGCCUCUUGGUGCCAUUUUUCCUCUGUCAGAGCUUCAGGGACGGUGGGUAACCCGAGUGUUUAAUGGGAAAACACCCCUUCCUCCUAAGGAUUUCAUGAUGAAAGAUGUUGAAAUGAAAAGAGAGGCCAUGCAAAGAAGAUAUUACGCUUCUAAACGCCACACAAUUCAGGUAAAAUAACCAAGCUCCAAUACAUUAUGGCAUAUCAGUGAAGUAUAAUUUUUCAUGUGAUUACAGAGAAUUGCACACUCUGUUUGGUAGAUGAUCAUUCCCUAACAAAAUUUUUGAAUGAGGGCUCUAGGUUGUGUUUGUACUGCAGCCUUGUUUUGUAGGUUUUCCAGUGGAAAUGCUGGAUCUAUAGCCAACUAAUGUUUGAGUCUCAGAAUAUGGGGUAAUUCUGGUAGCCCACACUGAUUGUAGCUGUAAAAUGAUAAAACCAAGCACUCAAAAUGUACAGGAAAUUUAGAAAUCCUAAUGGUACAUUAGAUAGGAAACCAAACCUUGUGAAGGGGGCAAUCUUUCCAAUCAAAAAGCCAGGUAUGUUUCAUUAAGGCAGUGUCUAAAUGCAGCAGGAUCUGGGCACGGUCUUAACUGGGCUAAAUGCCUGACAUUCAGAAAUUUUUACAGAAUUUUGACUGAAAGGUUCUUUCAGACCUCUAAAGCAUAUCGGAUGUUUGUUUCAAAAAAUGAAGUAAUUAAAAAAAAAUUAUUUUGGAUACCAACUCCAAAGUAGUUAACUAUGCAUGCAUCUCACUAAAUCAUUAUUCAAGAGUGCAUUGUAGCUAGCUUUUAAUCUGAAAAACCUUCCUUCACUUUCACAGGUUGAUUACAUUUCCUAUGCAGAUGAAUUGGCAAAUCAGGUUGGUUGCAGACCAAACCUGAUAAAGCUCUUUUUCAGCAAUCCUACGCUAGCCCUGAGUUGCUUUUUUGGACCCUGUACACCAGUUCAGUAUCGUCUAAUGGGCCCUGGUGCAUGGAAAGGAGCCAAGAAAGCUAUUGAAGAUGCUCCUGGAAAUGUGAUUUACGCAACAAAGACACGCAUUUUACAAAAGAAGGAGCAGCAGGGAACUAACACGGCUGCUGUGUGUUUGAAGUUGUUAGCUUUGUUUGUUGUGCUCAUUUCCAUUAUCAUAAGAUUUUCGGCUGAAAACUUGAGUAGUUCAGAGGUGAAUUCACCAUGAAAUUCUGUAUACUAACAGAGUAAGAGAGAUGGUAAGUUUUUCCAGGUAUGUUAUGGUUUGUUCAUCUACAAAUAUUUACCUAGUUGGUGGAAGUAGGUAGCAGAAGCAGUCCUGAAUCAUGCUCUUUUAUCUUUGUGAAUAGUUUGCUGGUAUGCAAAUCAGCACACCUUGCACAAAGUGACACACACCCAACAGUUACAGGGGCCUAUUGAUAGUGGGCACUGGAGGGUAGAUGAUGCACAAAGCCAAAUUUCAAGUUUGUUAAUGGCUGGCCAUUUUAAUUUUUCCCAGCCUUAGCUCUCUUUGUUCAACCUUUGUUUAUUGUAUCCCUUUGCAUUUGUCUAGUUGACACUAGCAAACCACUCUUCAAAUGCUACCUCAUCCCAAACAAAACAAUUUAAACUAAACAAACAAGCAAACAAACAACCCCUGUAAUAUCAUGACACAGUUUGGUACUGGUGUAUGACAUAGAUUAGUCUCGCCUUCUUUAUUUCUAACCUUUGCAAUGUUCAGACAGCCUUGUAGUUAAAACGUAUGAACCUCCAAAUGCCAUUAAAGGUUACCAACAGGUAUUGUAAUGUAGCUUUAGGUGUGUUGUUUGAUCAGUGCAUUGGUCUUAGUUUUUUUCUUCAUGCAGGGUAUACUAGAGUAACAGUGGCAGUUUGUGCAUACUUUUGGUGUAGUGGAAUUUCUAAGCAUGGUAACAUACUUUCCAUUAAUGUACAUCUCAGAUAGUGCAUGUAUUUUGCUAUGAUUGGUCAAUUAAGUGUAGCGUAUUUUGCUAUGUGACUGCUAAAUUUAAAAGUUUGUUUGAAUUGGAAUCCUUUUCUUUUAUUUGAACCCAGAGAUAUAAUAAUUAUCUUACUAACUGAGUUCAAAGUCUGUGAUGUAAGUUAAUAUGGACCAAGUUUCUUUCACUAGGAUUUAUGGCCUAAGUGAAAAAAAAUUUGGUCUGUAACAUAAGUAUGGACCUCAAACUCGUUUAGUGCAAGGUUGGUAUAAACCAAAACCUAUAUUGCUUUUAUUGGUUUUCUUCAGCUUGGUAACUGAUACACUGGAGCAGGUAUCAGUCCAAUAUAACCAUAUAACACUUGACUGAUUCAGUUUAUUAUAUAAAUAAAAUUAAUUUUACCGUAUUUACCCGCAGAUAGGCCGCACCCGCGUAUUGGCCGCACCCCAAACUUUCAAUGGUUUUCAUGGGAAAAAAAAUUGUUGAGGUCGAGUACCGGGAUAAAUAAAGCAAAGUUUCAAAUCAACAACAGCUGAUGUGUAUCAAGUCAAGUUUAUUUUUGCAAUAAUUCCUACACGAACGUGAAAAUGUUCAAACUAGAAACUGAAACGUCUAUUCGCUAACAUUUUAUAUACAAAAUAAUCUUAAUUAAAGAUAAUUUUUUCGAACAAGUUUCUGUCCUUAUAUGUACAAACACGAGUAAAGUGAAGCAUAACCCUUGUAAACACGUUCGCCA